AUGAAGGGACUGCUCGCUAUCGUACUGCUCGGCCUCCUCGCCUUCUCCAUGGCGCAAGAUUCCACCACCGUUACUGUGCAGAAGCAGACCGCGCCGGUGGCCGUGGUGGCGUCUCAGGCAGCCCAGCAGGCGGUGACCUUCUAUCCCGUCAUCACCACUUCGUCGGCCUGCUCCAUUCACCCAUUCUGGAUGCUAUGA